AUGGCGAGCGGCCGUCUUGCCAGCAAUGUCGACAACGUCGGCAAGAAUGUGUUUAUUCACCACAGCGGGCGCGACUAUGUUGAAGAGCUCAAGAUGCGAAAUGAGAUGCUCGAGAGACAACUUGCGGCUACCCAACGGGCCCAUGGAAGCCGUUUCAACGUUCCUACAUUACCUGGAGAGAUGGAUGGCUCUACCACGAUCCCCAGCGAUGACGGCCAAGUGAUCAAUCCUGGGAAUCAAUACGUCUCCCGUUCACAGAGCCAGAUACCAGAUCGCCCUCGCGCGACCGAUCAACAGCAGGUCAUACGAAUGCCUAGCGAAAGCCACACCGCCGCAUCUGAUCCAGCAACUGUAUUGAGCGAGGCGAACAAGGGUACUCCAACUGAGUACUUCGGCGAGUCUUCGACAUUCGAUUUCAUGGCCAAAGUCAGCUCUCCAGAGAAGGAUGCAUCAACUGGGCGGUCGGGUGGUCCGAGCGGUGGAUCUGCUCUGAGAGAUCCUAAUACGUCCCUCGCAACCUCUUCUCCAUCAGUCCCGUUGUUUGAGCUUUUGAGUGCCGAAUCUGAUGAUCCAUUUGGUCUACCUUCCCGGUUCGUCGCUGACCGUCUAGUUGACGCAUACUUCAAGCAUCGGCAUCCGCUCAACCCUUACCUGCACGAGGGAACAUUUCGACAGAGAUAUCGGCGGCUGUGGCUAAGUCAAGAUCUAGGUGGAGAAGAGGCCACACAGCAGAGUCUCGCCUGGUAUGGACUUGUUAACCUGGUAUUUGCGUUCGGAAGCGAUCAUGCCAAUGUCACUGGCCGUUCAGCUGGUGAUCGGUCUCGGUAUUUCAAAAGGGCAAAGACACUGCUUGUGUCUGGAAUGUUACAAGUCAGUACCAUCGAGCUUGUUCAAGCUUUGCUUUUGAUGGGUCAGUACCUCCAUGGGGCUCUCGAACUCAACAACUGCUGGACGGUUAUCGGACUUGCAAUACGUACGGCACAGGGAUUAGGGCUGCACCUCAAUCCCGCCACCUUCACUUCAGACAAGAUUGAGCAAGAAGUCCGCAAGCGGGUGUGGUGGGGCUGCUUCGUGCUCGACCGAGUGUUAAGCAUGAAGGUUGGUCGCCCCACGAUCCCGGACGGCCCAGGAAUAGAAGUGGGAAUGCCGCUGGCAGUAGACGAUGAGUUCCUGUCCAACGAAGACGGACAGUCCGUUCAGCCUCAAGGGGUGCCGUCCAAGCUGGAAUACUUCAACCAGGUCAUUCCACAGUGCCGGUUGAUGGAAAAGAUCCUAAAGACCCUGUACAGCGGUGACGGACCGGGAGAGAAUGCGCAGAAAGCGAGGCCAGUGAUGGACACUACUCAGUUCUUGGCCUUGUCGAUCCAGCUCGAUGGGGAGUUGACCACAUGGCAAGAAAAUCUCCCGAGUCAUCUCAAGCCAGGAGCAGAGGGCUUGGAGUGGCACUUUGAGAGGCAGAGAAAUGUGCUGCUGAUGAGAUAUCUUCACGCGCGACAUUUGAUCCACCGUCAGACUCUGCUCCUUUAUAUCACGCGGCGGGUCACCGACCAUUUCCAGCGCGAGAUUAUGCUCAAAUGUGUUAAGCGCUGUGUGACCGCAGCUUACGACUCGAUCACCCAGAUGGGGAGUUUGCAUCAUCAGAACAAGCUAUCAUCGUUCUGGCACAAUUCACACUAUGUCUUUGCCGCCCUCGGUGUCCUCCUGGUAUAUCAAACGGUCGAACCUCAAUCUAAGGCUGAUAUCGCUUUGCCUCCAAAUGUGGACGUUGACCACGCUGUGAGGAUAGGUCUCGAGCUGCUUCAACGCGUGGGGGGUCAAAUGCAUCCACUUGCAUCUCGAUAUGUCCAAGCCAUUCAACAAUUGCGAGCAAGGCUGCAGGCCCUGCCCACCUCCAGGAGCAAGCCUCCGUCGAGAGAGGCAAGCAGCUCUCAGUUAGGGGUUGCGUCUUCUGGCAAUAAUGCCAACCAAUCACAAGCGCCUGCGAAUGGUAUGGGAUAUCAGUAUUCGCAUCAACCAUCGCAUCAGCAAGCUGCGAAUACCCUGUACCCUGCCUAUGCACAGGAUGCCUAUCAGUCGACGCCGGGCGAAGUAUCUCUGCGGGCCGGAUUUGAGGACGAGUUUGCAAAUAUUGAGAGCAUGCUCAUGGACAGCACGGGCUGGACGGGUCUGAUGGAUGAUUGGAGUGACAAUCCGGUAUAUGCCCGCUUCAAGCCCCCUUUGAUACCACUGAAGAAGGCCUGA